GUGAAAUGGAAGAAAUCAGAUGUGAAGUUUGAAGACCGAUUUGACAAGUAUCUUGACCCAUCUUUCUUUCAGCACAGAAUUCACUGGUUUUCAAUUUUCAAUUCUUUUAUGAUGGUGAUCUUUCUGGUUGGCCUAGUGUCUAUGAUAUUAAUGAGAACUUUGCGAAAAGAUUAUGCAAGAUACAGCAAGGAGGAAGAAAUGGAUGAUAUGGACAGAGAUCUAGGUGAUGAGUAUGGGUGGAAGCAGGUCCAUGGAGAUGUUUUUAGACCAUCCAGUCAUCCUCUAAUAUUUUCAUCGCUUAUUGGUUCUGGUUGUCAAAUUUUUGCUGUGUCUCUCAUAGUCAUUGUUGUUGCAAUGAUAGAAGAUUUAUACACGGAGAGAGGAUCAAUGCUCAUAAACGGGUAUUUUGGAGGAAGCCUUUAUGCUAGACAAGGAGGAAGGCGAUGGAUAAAGCAGAUGUUCAUUGGAGCCUUCCUUAUUCCAGCAAUGGUGUGUGGAACUGCCUUCUUCAUUAACUUCAUUGCCAUCUAUUAUCAUGCUUCAAGAGCUAUACCCUUUGGAACCAUGGUGGCAGUGUGCUGUAUUUGUUUCUUUGUCAUUCUUCCAUUGAACCUUGUUGGUACAAUUCUUGGCCGAAAUCUGUCAGGACAGCCUAAUUUUCCAUGUCGUGUCAAUGCAGUGCCUCGUCCCAUACCAGAGAAAAAAUGGUUCAUGGAACCAGCUGUUAUUGUUUGCCUAGGUGGGAUCCUCCCUUUUGGAUCAAUUUUUAUUGAAAUGUAUUUCAUUUUUACUUCAUUCUGGGCUUACAAGAUCUACUACGUUUAUGGCUUUAUGAUGUUGGUUCUGGUUAUCCUCUGCAUUGUGACAGUUUGUGUGACUAUCGUUUGUACGUAUUUCCUGCUAAACGCAGAGGAUUACAGGUGGCAAUGGACAAGCUUUCUUUCUGCGGCAUCAACUGCGAUAUAUGUUUACAUGUACUCCUUUUACUACUACUUUUUCAAGACAAAGAUGUAUGGCUUGUUUCAAACAUCAUUUUACUUUGGUUAUAUGGCAGUAUUUAGCACAGCUUUGGGAAUAAUGUGUGGAGCUAUUGGUUACAUGGGAACAAGUGCCUUUGUUCGUAAAAUCUACACUAAUGUGAAAAUUGACUAAGGAAAUAAGAAAAUUGAACUAUGGAUCAGUUCCUGUUUUCAUGGGGAUGAACUUGCACAACAAAAAGCGCGAGAAGAGAUUUGGGUUUUAACACUGGGCACUGUAUGGGUCUCCAUUUUGUGGAUGGCUUAGAGUAACAUCUAUUUCAUUGAUCCUAGGUUCUUACUGACUGCUUUCUCCAACUGUUCACAGCAAAUGCUUGGAUUAUAUGCAGUAGGCAUUACUACAGUACGUGGCUAAUCUUCCCCAAAAAAAAUAAAAACCGAAAAACCUAGCUCAUUAAAGAUGAAUAGACUAGCUCUCUUCAGUGAAGAGGACAAACGGUUUAUUUAAAGCAUUUGUUCCAUUCAAUAAAAAGAGGGAAACUUGGCUGCUAAAACUACUUGAUUAGUAGUCUUCCUGGUACUUAACAUUUCUAAAUUAUGUAAAAAUGCCGUUCCAGAAAGAUUACUCUUCUGAUUUUUACUGCCAUUGCCAGGAUAGGAGGUAUGUUUUAUAUUUUGACUCCAGGUGCUUUUUGGUUUAUUUGCGAUAUCAACUAUACCCUACACUCAUUUGUUUAAAAAAUAAUUUAAAAAUAUAUAAAAACCCCAUAUGCAUGUAAUAUAUCAGCUAUUGUUCUAGUUGGACCAACUUCCCUUUAUUUAUCUUUAAAGUAAUAUCCAGCUACAUCUUAAAUCCAUCCAAAGAAAAUACAGUCUGAAGACGGGGUGUGUUCUCUGCAAUGCAAUUUACUGUACAGUUAGAAAGCAAAAUGUUAAAUGAAGAGGAUUGUUUGUUUUUUUAAUAAACACUUUGAGGUCUAGAUUAAAACAAAACCAACAUUUUAACUGAAUGUCUAAGGUGAUUCUCCUUUUUUCCAAGUUAGUCUUGCGUUUCUUUUUGCUUUGGGUUUGAAUGAAGAUUCUCCUUUAGACAUUAUACAAGGGGUAAUAAGUGUAUAUAACAUUAAAUAAUGUAACUUAGGUGUAGAUCCCAAAUGUAUUUGGAUGUACAGAUUUACUACAGAGUACUUUUCUGAUGAUUCGGUGUAAAAAUGUGUGAAUUUGGGUGGCUUUUUACAUCUUGCCUGCCAUUGCAUGAAAAGUUGGGGUUUCUUCACAAUGUGUGUAUGUCAUGCUUUUCUGUUCUAUUUCCUUUCUCAAGCUCUUACAGGAAUUAAAUUUGUAAUUUAGAACAUUUUAAUUUUUGUUAAUCCUGUCUGGACACUUGUGUAACAUCAAAAGCACAGUUGCUUUAGAGUGUUCAGAAAACUAAAAUAAACUUUUCAGACAAAAA